UAUGGAAACGAACAACUGAAGAGGUUAUGAGCACGGCACAAUGCGACGAAAGGGCAGUGUUAAAAUUUAAAGAAAUUCCUUGUCAAACUGAGCCAUCCGAUUACAGCAAAGCCAAUUUAGAUAGCACCAGUGUAACAAACGCACCGCACUUAAAAAAGCGCAAACUCGAGCCACAUAUUGAACAUUCUUUUGAGAAUAUGCACAGACCAACUCCUAUAUCCGUGGCGCCAAAGCGUCCAUCAUCAAAAGAUGAACCAGUAAUAACACAAAACGAUUCUGUCAAACGACGUAAACGUUCACAGUCACAAGAACAACAACAGCAAACAACUAUACCUGUCAAAACUGAAGCACCACUUCCUCAAAAGAAACGCGUAGUGCCAACACCAAAGAAACCAACACGAGAUGAACAACCAGCCGAAGAUAACGAAGCUUUAAUAAGAGAAACCCAAGCUGCUUUAAAAAGUCUUUCCGGUAGCUGGCCAGACUCAAAAUCAUCAUACAGCCGAGAUCCCGAUGAAUCCCCAGAUUUUGAAAAUUUGUUUGAAGAGAAGAAAUCAAAAAUGUCACCAGUCGCUUCAUCUGCAAGCUCAUCGGCAAGUGAUGCAUGUUCUCUUAAAGAUGUAAUAACAUUACGAAAAGGUGAUGCAAAACGUUAUGAUCCUCCUGAUUUUAAUGAACUAGUGGACGAUUCAUCUGAUGCUCUAGAGAUAGAUAUGUCAGAGCAAGCAGAUGACGACAAAGUAUCGAAACGACGAAGCGUAGCAGAUCGAGAUGGCGUAAUUGGUAGACAUCAUCAAUCAUUAUAUGCGUCUUACGCACAACGCGCUUCAGGAGCAUCGGCCUUUAAACCACCAGCUGACAGCAAGCGUAUUUUGACAGCGUUUCCUCCUGAAACCGCGUUCGAGGAAGACAAAUCAUGCGUCCCCGGACCGAUGCCUUUACAACCUGCUAAGCUGGAGCCCGACGACAUGCUUCCGAAAACAAGUGUGCCUUCGGUUGCUUCCCCUGGAGCAUCUAAACAGUAUACGAUACUGCAGCCUGCGGGAGUUGGUUCACGUGCAGCUUCCGCGAUACAAGAUGUAGCUCGCGAAGGUGUAGUCAGUGUCGCGGCAGUGAGUAGUUCCACGGUACCAGUCACACGUCCAACUCAAUCGUUAUCUCCGGGCAGUAUCAACAGAGAAGGCAAUAAAUGUCCUACACCCGGAUGCAAUGGACAAGGACAUGUCACCGGACUAUAUUCGCAUCAUAGAAGUUUGUCAGGAUGCCCAAGAAAAGAUAAAGUAACACCAGAAAUACUGGCAAUGCACGAGACCAUCUUGAAAUGUCCAACGCCAGGGUGUAAUGGUAGGGGUCACGUGAGCUCGAACAGGAACACGCACCGUAGCCUGAGCGGCUGUCCGACGGCAGCGGCGAGCAAAGCCGCAGCCCGAGAACUACGUUACCACGCCGGUGCGCAACUGCGCAGACGGACUGUGCACUCAGCAAUAAUACCAGACACGAAUGUACCAAGUUACCAGUCAUCUAGUAACGAUUUUACUAGUCCAGUCCGACAGUCAUCCAGCCGCGAUCCAUUAUACAUAGACGUGAAACCCGGCAUCGGCACGGGAUUUCAAAGUGGUGUCAGUAGCUACCCUCCGCAAGCAUCACAACAGGCUCAUCCACCCCAACCGACGCCGAUACAGCAAAAUGCCCAACCUCCAGUAACUGCCGCCCAGUACUAUACAACUAGUGAUAAAACGAAUGAAUCCAUGAAGCAACCGCGAACGCCUGAACAGAGACCUAGUCCACCAACUAUAAAUAAUAAUAAUAAUAAGGCGGGUUGCAGAGCUACUACACCUACGGGACCUCCACAAGUGCGUCAGGGCUUCGAGUCGUAUUUAAGUCAAGAUUCAAAUUCGUCAUCUGUAUCCAGUAUGGAAACGAUGGGAACAAGGACUCUGCAUAUGAUGUCACAUCCGCAUCACCCGUUACCUGUCAUGAAUACAGGAUCUCAUCAUGGUCUUCAGCCCCCCGCGCCUGUUCCAGUAUACUCGAGUUUAGGCGAUGAUGGAAGAUUAGGUGCACAACGAUCUCCAUAUGAACAAGCCAUGUCCGCUGAGGAUCAUAUGUAUCACCGCGCCGCUGCCUAUCACCAAAUGGCUUACCCGGGCGACAUGGCAGGUCGUACGCCUUACGAUACUAGCUCUAUAUCCGCGAUGACAGCGGGUCGAGCGUACGAUCCAGGUAGUGUAUCGGGAUUUGAAAGAUACGAUCCAGCUAUAGCGGCGCAACAACAAGCCAUGCAGCAGCAGCAACAGCAGCAGCAGCAACAACAGCAACAUCAACAACAAGCGCUCCGAGCUUCUUACAUCAGCGGCAGUGUUUAUCAUCCGAGCGAGCAAAGUGGUCCUGAACAGCGCUAUCAACAAUCUGGACCCCAUCAACUCUCAAUGGUGAACGGUGGCAUGCUAAAAUCCGAGCAGGAUCAAUCAGACAACGUGCCGGUGUAUCCUAGGCCGAUGUAUCAAUACGACCCAUCAGCCGGGCCUAUGCCUCCAGGUUUUUCGGCUAUCAAUCUGUCGGUAAAAGUUGGUGCGCAAUUACGACAAAAUAGUUCUGAACCUCCAUCUCCUCCUGCAACUGGCGGUCCAGUAAUGGAUUUAUCCACAUCGAAUGCUAGUCCACGUCAACCCACAAGUCCCUCAGUACGAAGUCCAGAAGCAGUCCCUCGCAGCCCACAGACAUUAGAUCUCAGUGUUGCCAGGUUACCCCACAGGCCCAUCGGCUUUUCUGUGGCUGUCAUGGGUCCGUCUGGUCAUUAUAGCCGUGAAUCUACUCCAGACAGUGGCGGAUCUCACUAUAUGGACGCAUACGGUCGGGACACAAGUGGUUACGCGCCAAUGAGUCCCCAUCCAGCCUAUGCAAUGUCUUCCGUACCGCAAGGUGGCGGCGACUAUGUAAGCAACGCUUACGCACCUUAUCCGGCUCCUCCUGGAUAUCAAUGCGGUCAAUAUCCGUCCUCUGCUGCAGCUGGUUAUCCAGCACCAGUUUCGCAAGGUGGUUACUCACCAGGUCCUGGCGCUUGCUACGGAAUGCCACCUCCACCGCAACACGUCAUGUCUCAAAUGGAGCAUGUAGUCAAAUCACCAAAUAAUAAAGACAGCAGCUUAUCCGGAUGUCCGCGCGCUGACCGGACGCAAAUUCAGGCCCACAGUCAGGAAUUAAAAUGUCCAACCCCUGGCUGCGAUGGUAGUGGCCAUGUUACAGGAAAUUAUUCGUCUCACCGUUCGCUUUCCGGAUGUCCGAGGGCCAACAAGCCAAAGAGCAAACCGAGAGAUGGCCAAGACUCUGAACCUCUCAGAUGUCCCAUACCAGGAUGCGAUGGUUCAGGACACGCCACUGGAAAGUUUCUGUCUCACAGAAGUGCUUCUGGCUGUCCUAUCGCAAAUCGCAACAAAAUUCGCGUACUAGAGUCUGGGGGCAGCGUAGAGCAACAUAAAGCGGCAGUUGCAGCAGCAGCAAGUGCCAAUGCGGCAUUAAAAUUUGAAGGCGUUAAUUGUCCAACCCCUGGUUGUGAUGGAACGGGCCAUCUAAAUGGGUCCUUUCUGACUCAUAGGUCCUUAUCCGGAUGCCCUUUAGCUGCAUCCCAACCUCCAGCCAAGAAACUGAAAUAUGACGACGCACAGUCCUUGUAUGGCAAAGGAUACGGCACUGGUCCGGGAGGUGAAGAUUUGAUGACACUUGAAGCUGAAAUUACAGAAUUGCAGCGCGAGAAUGCUCGCGUCGAGAGCCAAAUGAUGCGACUCAAAUCGGACAUUAACGCCAUGGAAUCGCAUUUGAAUCACGGCGAAAGGGAAAACCAAAACAUAUCGCAGAGAAAUAACAACUUGAAUGAAUACUACGAAAGCCUGCGCAACAACGUUAUAACUUUGCUCGAACAUGUUCGCAUUCCGAAUGGAUCGACGGCUCCCGAAAAAAUGAAUCAUGAAAAUUUUGACAGCUAUUUGAGCAAACUUCAAACUUUGUGUACGCCUGAUGGUUAUUGCACGGAAGAAAACAGACCUAUAUACGAAACAGUUAAAUCGGCGCUGCAAGAUUUCACGGUUUUACCCACACCUAUAUGAAAC